UUCCGAUUGGGCCUGCAGGGGGCGCAGCAGAGACGUGAGUUAAAUAAAACGUAGAAGAAGACGACAAUCCACAUCCGGCUGUCACUGCCGAGCCGCAAAGGAAGAGCCAAAGGAAUAUCUGGACAGGAGCUGCAGAGUACGACGAUGGUGCUGAGGGAGGUCCCGGCCGAGAACAUCGCCCGUCCUCUGGGCAGGAACGAGGUCAUCGGCCUCCUUUUCCGCCUCACCAUAUUCGGCGCCGUCACCUACUUCACCAUCAAGUGGAUGGUGGACGCCAUCGACCCCACCAGGAAGCAGAAGGUGGAGGCUCAGAAACAGGCCGAGAAGCUGAUGCGUCAGAUUGGCGUUAAAAACGUGAAGCUGUCGGAGUACGAGAUGAGCAUCGCCGCUCACCUGGUGGACCCGCUGAGCAUGCAGAUCACCUGGAGGGACAUCGCAGGUCUGGACGAGGUCAUCACGGAGUUAAAGGAGACGGUCAUCCUACCUGUUCAGAAGAGACACCUGUUCCUGGGAUCCAGGCUGCUGCAGCCCCCCAAAGGUGUGCUACUGUACGGACCUCCCGGAUGUGGGAAAACACUGAUCGCCAAGGCGACGGCAAAAGAGGCGGGGUUUCGUUUCAUCAACCUGCAGCCGAGCACGCUGACGGACAAAUGGUACGGAGAGUCCCAGAAACUCGCCGCCGCUGUGUUCUCAUUGGCUGUCAAACUGCAGCCCGCUAUCAUCUUCAUCGACGAGAUAGACUCAUUCCUGCGGAGCCGCUCGAGCUCGGAUCACGAAGCCACCGCCAUGAUGAAGGCCCAGUUCAUGAGUCUGUGGGACGGACUGGACACGGACCACCACUGCCAGGUGAUCAUUAUGGGCGCCACCAAUCGCCCCCAGGACCUGGACUCUGCCAUCCUGCGGAGGAUGCCCACCAGGUUCCACAUCAACCAGCCUAGCGUGAGGCAGCGCGAGCAGAUCCUCAGGCUGAUCCUGGAGAACGAGAGGGUAGACUCAUCGAUUAGCCUCAGCGACAUCGCCAAGGAAACAGAGGGUUUCUCAGGAAGUGACCUCAGAGAGAUGUGUCGUGAUGCGGCGCUGCUGUGUGUCCGCGACUUCGUCCACGCUGAGAACGACAGCCUUCCAGAUGACAUAAUCCGCCCGAUCCAUCAGGACGACCUGCGCCGCGCCAUCGUCAAGAUGAGGAAGUCCAAGACGGCGGGCGGAGCUGGCGCCCUGCUGCACGCCGCUCUGGACUGAAUGCACCCGGAUCGCACAAUGACCUCAGCUCAGCCUGAAGCCGCCGCCCCCUCACGCUGACAUGCCACUGCUUCCUGCUUGUCCUUCAGUCAGCUGAUUGGCUGACGGUGGCGGGCUUCUUUUUUUUUUUUUUUUUUUUUUUAGAAUCAGGAAAGCCAAAUAAAAGUUGUUUGUCGGAGCUUGCUGUCACGCGUCCACGCCGCCGGCUCCCACGCUUUCCCCUUUACAAAAUGCGCUCAUCCCGGCGCCUGAAGCUGCUGACAUCACGGACACACGCGGUGGCCGUCGGGCCUCGACGCAGCAGUCGUGGCAAAACGUCUGACGCCAAACACCAGGAAUAGCGUCUGACUACGGAGGGACAAGACGGCGGUGAGGCACGUUAAGUUUUUCAGGCAGACAACAGCACUCUGCGUCUCCUCGCCGUUUGUUUGGCUGCUGAAAUCGUGAGGAAAGACGGCGGGUUGGGUUUAAACGAGCCGCCGCAGUGUGGCGUUUAAACUCGACGGCUGUCACACAGAGGGCCUCUAUAGGAGCUUUUAUUGUGAAAAUCCUCCCAAACAGAGUAUAAGAAACCCACCAAUAAUCAAUCAGAUGAUCAAUAAGUUUACAGGUGUGAAGCACAAAUGGCGAGCUUCAGCCGCUGAAACACGAUUCGAGCUGCUUUAAUGAAAUGACGUCGUUAUUGAAACUUUGACUCUGAAACACGAGGCGGACGCUUUGAUCCAUUUACAGUGUAAAUAAACAAACGUGGCGCUGAUGCUGUUUCAGGGGAACGCUUCUCUUUCCAUCAAGUGUACUUUAUUUGUAGUUUCUUUUUUUUAUUUGUAGUUUUUAAGCUGAGCUGGUUUCUGUUAAUCCUCAGAGCUCGCAGUCGUGACAGAAACAGGAAGACGUCAGAUUUUCACAUUAACUGAUGAUCUUCCUGGUAACACUGAAUCAUCGUUUCAUCAGACGCAGGAUUUUUUUACUCACUGUGUUGUUGCCUGUUUAAGUUAUGAUGUAAUAAAGUGGCCAAAACAACAA